CAUUCUAGUUCAAAACUCUCGAACCCUGAAAUCGCUCUGCACUUGCAUUGGAAGACUCACAUGUCCCUCCUUUUCUGUGGUUUGUUGUGGUUUGGCGUCAUAUCCGCCCAGCUGAACCCGCGAUAGUUCAACUGAAAGUUAGCUCGAGUUGAGUGUUUGUUUGGGGUUGUUCUACUGGAGAAUUGAAUAUUGUUGAAUAUUGAAAAGUUUCUGGUCGAAACGGGUUCAGUUUAUUUUCAGCAAAUAUGUAAGACAACGUGUCUGUAACCAACGUGAAGUUUUUUAAAUUGUAGAUUGUUAUGUGCUGGUUGACCAAACUAGCUUGCAUAGCUAACGUUAGUGCUAGUCAGCUAAAACAAACAGGUAACGUUAACGCUACAGAACGUUGCAGAAACUAUUUGUUUACUUACUGAUUUAACUUGUAUCAAGAUUACAUUCAUUGCAAACUUUCUAUCCGUCCGUUUUUGUUGCCUUGAACCACAGUAAAGUUUGCAAACAUUAGCGUUAAUGCUUAUACUGUAUGCCAGUUGAUGGACACACCAUCGCCACGUGAUACACCUGUCAAAACGAUAGUUUUUCAACUAACUAUAGUUCCACGACUAUCUAGGAAACUUGGAGGCAUAUGGUUAUCUUGUAACUAUGUCUACGUUAACGGCUGAGCAACAGCGAAAAAUAGAAGAAAACAGACAGCGAGCACUGGCAAGGAGAGCAGAGAGACUAGCUCAGGGUACUCGUCAGCAGGAUACUGGACCAAGCAACGUGAACGCUUGCAGUAGACCACACGCCCCUCGUCCUCCCUCAGGCAACAGUGUAUCAUUAUCUACAGCAGGGCCGUCAGCCACAGUGUAUAGCAGGCCAGUAGAGAAAUGUCAACCCAGUGCGACUACUGCGAGCAAACAGACUAAAUUGAUAGACCCCCUUCCCCUUCAUAAAGGACCAGAAACUCACCACAGGACAGAGUCUCAUCCCACAAACACUGUCUUUAAAUCUCCACAGUCAAACAGUGCUUCCAUUUUUACACCCCCACAAUCAACAAACAAUUUGGGCUUUAAACCGCCUCAGUCUACAAACACUUCAAAUUUCAAACCACCACCACAGAAUACGAACACUUCAAACUUCAAACCACCAACACAGUCUACAAACUCUUCCAGCUUCAGACCUCCACAGCCUGCCAAGUUGGGUGACGGCUCCUCAGGAGUGUCUGGAGCAGGCUCGAAGGCCGCAAACUUUUACAGUUCUGGGCCUCGCCAGGUGCCGCAAGCCCCUACUGCUGCUGCUGCUGCAGCCUCUGUGUCUCAUGUAUCUGUAGAGAAACAGCCACCCAGACUCCCAGAGCCUGCUGGAGGACCAGCUGUGAAGAAGCCAGCUAUUUCAGUGAGAGGGAGAUGUGUGUCUCACGGUGCAGAGCGCUUCAGAGUGGAGGUCGGCUACCAUGCAGAGCUCAUUGCUGCAUUCAAGAACAUCCCCUCUAGAAACUACGAUCCCGCAACAAAGAUGUGGAACUUUGGUCUGGAGGACUACGGCCAACUGAUGGCGGAAGCUGCCGGCAUCCCCGCGGUGGCCCUGAAACCGCUGGAGGGGAUGGAGGGGCUGGACGUUGCCGUGGCGAGCAGCCGGGCGCGGGACGGGGCAGCGCUCUCGGCGCUGAUGAAGCUCUGUCAGGGCUGGCAGAAGCCUGGCGCUGGCGUCCGCGGGCAGUGCGUCCUCACAAGCCGCUCCCGCUUCGAGGUGGACAUGCCCUACCAUGCCGACGUCAUCGGGGCCUUCAAACAGAUGCCCUCCAGAAACUACGACAUGAAGACCAGGAAAUGGAGUUUCCUGCUGGAGGAUUAUGGGAAACUGAUGGAGGUGCUGAAUGGCAUUUCGUCAGUGGAGGUGGAGCCCUUGCCCAGGGCGGUGGUGCAGAUCCUCUCCUCCCAGUUUGAGAAGAGCGCGUCCCGGGGACCAGGGGCCAGAGAGGCCGCGGAGGCCGACCUGUCAGAGGUGGACGCCACCAUCACCAAGAGCCUCAUGCCCUUCCAGAGAGUGGGCGUCAACUAUGCGGUGUCCAGGGAGGGCCGGCUGCUGCUGGCGGAUGACAUGGGCCUGGGGAAGACGGUGCAGGCCAUCUGCAUCGCCGCCUACUACAGGAGCGAGUGGCCACUGCUGGUCGUGUCGCCGUCCUCCGUGCGCUUCACCUGGGCCGAGGCCUUCCGGCGCUGGCUGCCGUCGAUGGGGGCUGACCGUGUGAACGUGUGUGUGACGGGGAGGGACAGCCUGCGCGGGGGCCUGGUCAACAUCGUCAGCUACGACCUCCUGAGCAAAGUGGACAAGCAGAAGCCCGCAGAGCCCUUCAACGUGCUCAUCAUGGAUGAGUCCCACUUCCUGAAGAACAUGAAGACUGCUCGUUGUCGAGCAGCCCUGCCUCUAUUAAAGGCGGCCAAGCGAGUGAUUCUGCUGUCGGGGACCCCAGCCAUGUCCCGCCCCUCGGAACUCUAUACCCAGAUCCUGGCAGUGCGGCCCUCGCUUUUCCCGCGCUUUCAUGACUUCGGCGUGCGCUACUGUGGAGCCAAACAGCAUGCGUGGGGCUGGGACUACUCCGGCUCGUCCAACCUGACGGAGCUGCGUGUGCUGCUGGAGGAGAGCCUGAUGCUGCGGCGCCUCAAGAGCGACGUCCUCUCCCAGCUGCCCGCCAAGCAGCGCAAGGUGGUCGUGGUCACCACCGACGGCAUCAACACCCGCACCAAGGCCGCGCUGUCCGCCGCCGCCAAGGACCUCGCCAGAGGAGCCCAUAACAAGAUGAAAGAGAAAGAAGCUCUUCUGGUUUAUUUUAACCACACGGCGGAGGCCAAAAUCCGGGCCAUUAUGGAGUACAUCAUGGACAUGUUGGAGUGCCGGGAGAAGUUCCUGGUGUUCGCCCAUCACAAGCUGGUGCUGGACAGCAUCACCAGAGAACUGGGAGAGAAGGGUGUGAAAUACAUCCGUAUCGACGGUUCUACGCCGUCUGCAGAGCGGCAGCAGCUGUGUGAGCGGUUCCAGUUCUCAGAGAAGAGCUGCGUGGCUGUGCUGUCCAUCACCGCCGCCAACAUGGGCCUCACACUCCACGCUGCUGACCUGGUGGUGUUCGCCGAGCUCUUCUGGAACCCGGGGGUGCUGGUUCAGGCGGAGGACCGAGUGCACCGCAUCGGGCAGACCAGUAAUGUGGACAUCCAUUACCUGGUGGCCAAAGGCACCGCGGAUGACCAUCUCUGGCCGAUGAUUCAGGAGAAAAUGAACAUACUGGAGCAGGUGGGACUGUCCGAGGCCAAUAUCUCCGACAGGGCUGAGUGUGCCAGCUUCCACAGCAAGGACCCCAAGCAGAGCACCAUCACAGAGAUGUUCCAGCGCUCGUUUACAGAAGACGAGGUGGACGAGGCGGACGAGGCGGCUCUGCUGGAGGCCGCGAGCGACUGGGACGACGCAGACGCAGACAAGGGCAGCAGCGCAGCUCUGAAAGCAGACGACUUCUCCGAGAGCCCCAGCAAGAAGAGACGCUUAGAGCACUACUUCAGUCGGUGAUCCGACCGCAUUAAGACGGCAUAGCAAACUACAUCAGCCGAUGAUCCGACUGCAAUGACCUGGUUGUAGUUGGACCGUACAGAGGACUGCGUCAGCCAAUGAUUAGUCUUCAGCUUGCCAGCAAUAACACUGCUGAGAUUUCCCUUUUAAAAAGGCGGAUUUGUUUGAUUAUGCUGUUUUGAUUUUGCUUUAUUGUUGUUUGGCUAAAAAUAUGUUAUAAUAAAUAUAUUAUUUUCGUAACUGUUGAACCUUACCAUCAUGACAGAUCACUUGAGAUCUGAGACCACUCUUUGUGUGUGUUGUGAGAGAAAAGCCUGCACAGCUUGAUAAAUAUAAUAAAGAGUGAUUAUUUAAUGUUCAGUUUG